AUGGCUGUUCUGUCUGGGGGCCCUAAUUGUCUGCGUGUCUUGACGAUAAUUUUCAAUUUCUUCGUAUUUUUAUGUGGACUGACGGUCGUUGGAUUUUCCGGUUAUUUACUCUACACCUUGAACAACACUUUUACCAGUAUGAGGCCACAGGAAUACGGCGUGGUCGUCGGAUUUUUGCCCAUAGGCUUCAUCAUUUGUAUUCUUGGGUUCCUCGGCUGUUGCGGUGCCUGGAAAGAGAGUGUUUGCAUGCUUACAGCAUUUGCAGUUAUUAUCGCCCUACUCCUCAUUCUGGAUCUUGUUCUUGUCGUUUUGGGAUUCGUCUACAAAGAUAAGCUCCCUGAACUUAUCGAGACUUUCCUACAAAACGAAUUGGUGAAUUCCAAAAGCGGAAAUUCUGUAAUAAUGGAUAAUGUUCAAACAGCGUUUGCGUGUUGCGGUGUUCUAGGUCCGUCUGAUUAUGACGAAUCCAUCCCUUCUAGUUGUGAGAAUUAUGACCAGGGCUGCCUAGGAAAAAUGGAGGAUAUUUUCAUGAGGUUCUCAACCAUUCUUUUAAUUUUUGCAAUCGUUGUGGCGAUUUUCCAACUGGCUGCCAUAAUUGUUGCCUGCUACCUGCGAUCAAGCAUCCGGUCUUAUCAGGCCGUGUGA